AUGCGCUCCAUAGGCUCCUACGCCGACAAACCUCCGAGCGAAAAAGCCUCGGAUGAGCCACCCAUACCUCCAACAACAACGAUUACUACGAACGAUGAAAACACGAUAUCUCUUGACGACAUCUCAUGCUCACUUUAUCCAUACGCAUUCCCACCUCGUAAUAUAUCCCGCUCAUCUCACAACCUCGCCAUACAAGCAUCUCGAUCUUCUCAUAAUCUCGCUAUCGCAUCCCGCCACGCUUCGCGCUCUUCUCACAAUUUGGCUAUCGCAUCUCGAAACGCAUCACGCUCUUCCCAUAACCUCGUACCAGAGUCCGUCUUCGGACCAGAUUCCCUUCGCGCAGAGUCCGUCAACGAAUAUACCAUUACAUACCAAAGUCCCUCGGACCCUUCCACCUCACCAACAUCACCACGCGCAGGUUAUAGUUUUUCAUCGCCUCACUUGUUACGGCCGAACAGUAGAUCAAGUUUCCCUCCUCGUGAACGACGGUCUCGCAGUGCUUCACCAGGUCCUUCAAUCGUUGCCAUUCCUGAAGGUGAUGUUGUGAUCCAACUUGAGGAUGUGAUUCAUUCGCCUUCUUCGGAAGUAAAACCUGCCCUCGGGGAUGAUCGAAUAUAUCCCUUGGCACCAGAGUUCUUUCAGAGAUACGACAGGGUCAAUCACAUAAGAAUCCACCAGGAUGGACUUUUUAUGCCCAUCCAGAAGGUGUACCGUACUUUUACCACGCGGAAAAGAGUAUACACCGAAGCCAAUUUAUACGACGAAGAUUUCCUACACAAAGUCGACGAGGAUAUCGAUACAAUCGAAGACUUCCUUCAAUUACAUGGGAUUCGAUUAGGACCUACCGUUGACUUGGCCUUGGAUUUAAAUAGGUUGGAAGAUGGAAUUAUUGCCACAGACUACUAUUACGCGGAUCACGAAAGACGGAUUAUUUUUUUCCUUGAUGAAUUCGAGUCUACGAACUUACCUGCUUGGUCUCAAGUAACGGGAGUCAACUCUCUUUCGCAUCUUCGUACGCUCUCCCGGUUUAUGAACUCUCGCCAGGACACUCUGACCAUGUUACCGAAUCUAGGAAUUGAAUUUGAGGCCCAAUACUGGUUCAGUCUUUCACAUGUAUCACUGUGUACUCUAUCCAACGUGCUUAGAGCUGUCCGUGUCGUUGACUCUAUGACCUCUCCAUAUUCGACCGCUCCCUACAACCUGGAGGAUCUGUACAAAAUUCUUAGCUUAACCGACAGCUUGAAGGGCCGAUUUAUGUAUGUUUUUAUUCGACAGAGGUUUUUCGAUUUCCAUGGACAACCCUGUGCACGCCUUGACCGUGACCAGACCGUCUACGAGGGCGUCACGGAAAAGAGGACACUUUUGAUCAAAAGUCUCUCUCCGCUUCUUUUUAAUGCACCAGAUGUGCAUCUCCGAAAUCUUGAAAAAAUGUGGGUUGACGGUCUAAUGCACAAAGCCGUCUGGUUGCAGUCAAUUGCGAAAUUGAACGAGGAGUGGCAGGAAUUCGUUCUAUAUGCUACAGUCAUACUCAAUGCGAACGUUGCAUUCCUGGCUAUUCAAAGCAUUGACGAUAGUGCACCUCCUUAUCGUUCACCCACCCAGGUGGCCAGCUAUCUGUCAAUCAUUGCGAGCAUCGGGAGUAUCAUCCUUGGGCUACUGCUUGUUCGACAAAACCGUAGCAAAGAAGAGGGAACCUCUGAUGACGCACCUCCCGUAUGCUCUACUAAUGUGGGGGCGAAUCCUGCCACCCGUGCUAUAGUUGGCAUAGCCAUUUUGUCCAUCUGCGUCCUCAUCUUCUGGUGCAUCUGGAUGGCAUGGGAUAAGAAAUCCGCGGAUCCCGUUGAUGCCGCUGCUGUCCCCGUCGACGUCGACGGAGAUGGCUCCGCAAAAAACCUAUCCCAGCAAGAUAUCGAAAAAAAUGAUACGCCCUCCCUAACCUCAAUGUACCUAUCACGUCCUCCCGCCGGGAGGUCCCUUUGGCUUGUCCUUUUUGUCCUUGUCCUUGUUGGCUAUGGUAUCGCCGAUCGCAGUGGUUUGCUCUCACCGAAACGCCCCGUUACACCGUGUAGUUGGUAUAAACGAAGUGAAUGGGCUGUUCUAUACCGUCCGCAAUCAUCUGAGUUCGCUGCUGCCAACGCCCAGCUGUUCCUUAUGCUGGUUCUGUCGCUACACAGGCUUCUGCUUGCAUUUCGUCGGCUUUUGUUUGGCAAACCCAUCUUCCACAAUGCGCUCCAGAGGCUCCUACGCCGGUUAGCCCUUUUCUGGUCACUAUUGCGCCCAAGGCGGCGAUUUGGUGGAACCAGUCGUCCAACGCCAGACAAACCUCCCAGCGAAAAACCCUCGAGUGAGCCACCCAUACCCCCUCCAACAACGAUUAGUACGAAUGAUAAAAACACGAUAUCUCUUGACGAUAUCUCAUGCUCACUUUAUCCAUACGCAUACCCACCGCGCAAUAUAACCCUAUCAUCCCACAACCUCGGCAUACAGGCAUCUCGAUCUUCUCAUAAUCUCGCUAUCGCAUCCCGUCACGCUUCGCGCUCGUCUCACAAUUUGGCUAUCGCAUCUCGAAACGCAUCACGCUCUUCCCACACCCUCGUACCGGAGUCCGGAGUCUUCGGACCAGAUUCCCUUCGCGCAGAGUCCCUCAACGAAUAUACUAUUCCCUACCAAAGUCCCUCGGACCCUUCCACCUCACCAACAUCACCACGUGCAGGCUAUAGUUUUUCAUCUCAGUCCCGCAGUGCUUCACCAGGUCCUUCAAUUGUUGCCAUUCCUGAAGGGGAUGUUGUGAUCCAACUUGAGGAUGUAAUUCAUUCGCCUUCUUCGGAAGUAAAACCUGCCCUCGUGGAUGAUCGAAUAUUUCCCUUGGCACCGCAAUUCUUUCAGAGAUACGACAGGGUCAAUCGUAUAUAUAAGAAUCCACCAGGAUGGACUUUUUAUGCCCAUCCAGAAGGUGUCCCGUACUUUUACCACGCGGAAAAGGUGCUCCAAACCCCCCUAGUAUUAGCUCACCAUUUCAUCGUAGUCACCGAGGAUAUUGCUACAAUCGAAGAAUUCCUCGAAUUACAUGGGAUUCGAUUAGGACCUACCGUUGACUUGGCCUUGGAUUUAAAUAGGUCGGAAGAUGGAACCAUCAUCACAGAUUACUAUUACGCGGAUCACGAAAGACGGAUUAUCUUUUUCCUUGAUGAGUUCGAGUCUUCGAACUUACCUGCUUGGUCUCAAGUACCGGGAGUCAACUCUCUUUCGCAUCUUCGUACGCUCUCCCGGUUUAUGAACUCUCGCCAGGACACUCUGACCAUGUUACCGAAUAUAGGAAUUGAAUUUGAGGUUCAAUACUGGUUCGGUCUUCUACAUGUAUCACUGUGUACUAUAUCCAACGUGCUUAGAGCUGUCCGUGUCGUUGACUCUAUGACCUCUCCGUAUUCAACCGCUCCCUACAACUUGGAGGAUCUUUACAAAAUUCUCAGCUUAACCAACAGCUUGAAGGGUCGCUUUAUGCAUAUUUUUGCUCGACAGAAAUUUUUCGAUUUCCAUGGACAACCCUGUGCACGUCUUCACCGUGGCCAGACCGUCUACGAGGGCGUCACAGAAAAGAGGACACUUUUGAUUAAAAGUCUCUCUCCGCUUCUUUUCAAUGCACCAGAUGUGCAUCUCCGAAAUCUUGAGAAAAUGUGGGUUGACGGUCUAAUGUACAAAGACGUCUGGUUGCAGUCAAUUGCGAAAUUGAACGAGGAGUGGCAGGAAUUCGUUCUAUAUGCGACAGUCAUACUCAUCGCGAACGUAUUCCUGGCUAUCCAAAGCAUUGACGAUAGCGCACCUCGUUAUCGUUCACUCACCCAGGUGGCCAGCUACCUGUCCAUCAUUGCGAGCAUUGCAAGUGUCAUCCUUGGGCUACUGUUUGUUCGACAAAACCGUAGCAAAGAAGAGGGAACUUCCGAUGACGCAAAGGCGAAUCCUGCCACUCGUGCUAUAGUUGGCAUAGCCAUUUUGUCCAUCUGCGUCCUCAUCUUAUGGUGCAUCUGGAUGGCAUGGGAUAAGAAACCCGCGGAUCCCGUUGAUGCCGCUGCUGCCCCCAUCGACUCCGCCGGAGAUGGCUCCGCAAAAAACCUAUCCCAGCAAGAUGUAAGGGGUUUGGGAUUACGCUGGAUCUGGCCAAACAUCUUCCGAAAAUACUCAUACGACUCCGGCACGACCGUUGUGUGA